CACCAAUUUUAGGUGAUCCGAGAUAUGGACCAAUCGAAAAAAGAAUGUCAGACGAAGAACUUUCUUCAGAACCUAUGUAUCUACAUUUGAGGAAACUUGUGAUUAAGAAUUGGAGAACGCCAACAGGAAAAAUACUUUCAAACCCAAUAACAAUAUAUGCACCAUCGCCAACAUACUUUAUUAAAAAGGCAGAUGAAAUUUUUGGAAUUAAUGUUGAUACUUUUGAAACAGAAGCUUAA